CAUAAUCUUUCCUCUUUAAAGAAAUCUACAAGGUUUUGAGUACACAGCAAGUUGGGGAGACAUUUUUUAUCCUAAAAGAAGUUUCUCAGAAUUGUUCAUGAAAUGCUAAAGGAUAGGACAAACUUAUCGGGUUACUUGUUGAUCAGAUUUGCUUUGAACAUAAAAGUAUACCUUUACAGACUGGUCCUGUAUAGGAUAUUACGUCCCACUAAAAGCAGCAGUUCAUCUCUUUCUCCCUCCACCAAACUCGUUUUUCUUAAAUAAUUAUAUACUAAUUUUAUAAACAUAAAACAUGUUAUUUGGAUAAUGAUGCCAAGGUAACUGCAACAAAAUUGAUGAGUGUCUGGGUUGAGAAAUUGAAUUUAUACCUGGUGCUAUCUUUUUCUGAUUGUUUCGAAUUCCUUUGGUUGCCCUUAGUAUAUUUAGGUGUUUAAAAUACCCUAAGAUUAUUCUGAAUUUAUUUUAUCCAGAGUAUGGAUUCAUAUUCCUCCAGUCAAGAUGUGCUAAGAGCCUAAUUUUCUUUUAAUUUCAUGGAGAACAAUUGACUAGCCACUAAGAACAGUUAUUAAAACUUGCCAGUUUUCAACUUAAAAUCAGUGAACAUUUGGCAUUUCCUUAAGAAAAGUUUUGGGAGUUUUGUUCUUUCCCAGUUGUAUUUGCCUAAUUUGUUUUUAUAUGUUAUUUAAAAUUUAGUAAGAAUACAUUGUUCUAGAUUCUGAAAGUCAUUUUAGUACUUUUUUUCCCCUUGCUUUACCACAGUGAAGACCAGCAGACAUACACAAGAAGAUGUUUGUUCUUUAUACCAGGAUUCGACAGUAGAUAUGAGAACAGUUACCAUCUUGGCUAGCUUUGACAUAAUCAUACUAUGUUUUCCUACCAGUCAGUCAGAUAAGUUGGAGGGGUAAAUGUGAAGAUUUUAUAUUUCUCUAAAGUUCCCAGAUUGAGGCCUCUGUUUGCUUAUCAUGAGAAGGUACUUGGUUAGAGUUUUCAGAGGAAGUUAUAUAUAACCUUUGAAGGAGAUUUUUAUAGCCUAGGAAGUUAUUUUUAUUUCUACUUAAAGAUAAGGUCUUUAUUAUUAUUAUGUGUUCAUCCAUAAACAUUUUCAACUGUAGAAUUUGUUCUCGGGAAAUAUAAGUGGUGAUACUCUUAGAUACCACUUGAAGUGGUGUUGAACCACAAAAAUCAAAGUUGGAUUAGCUGUAAUAUUUCAGAUCACAGUAACGCUAAUGAAAUCACUGAAAUUUUUACUGAGUAGUAACAGCCACUAUUGCAUAUUUUUCCAAUUGCUUGAGAACCUUCUGUGUUUGGUUGCUGGGAUGUUGCCAUGGUCACGUUCUGUGUUGGUGUGGAGUGGGGAGUUGUGGAAUCAGUGGCAACCCAGGACGCCCAGGCUUGGAGGUAGGCUGUCUGAGAAGUCUUCAUUGUUUUGAAGCCACACUUGACAUGGACCAGAAGGUUCUGAAGAGACUGGUGGAAUCCAUCAGUAAGAGUGUCAAUAGCUUCAAAAAGAGUGAAAUAGAGUGUCUCAUAAGGAUUUUUCACAACUUGGUGGGAAGAGGUGACAUAAAACUUGCUAACGCUGGACUAGAUCGUAACACAUUUCGAGUGAUCCUGCACAGCGUAUUUGGAAUGACUGAUGAUGUGCUAAUGAACAGGGUAUUUUUUGCAUUUGACAAAGACAAUGAUAACUACAUAAAUGUGAAAGAGUGGGUUAAAGGACUAUCAGUGUUUCUUCGAGGGACUUUUGAAGAAAAGCUGAAGUUUUGUUUUGAAGUUUAUUAUUUCAAUGGUGAUGGUUACAUUUCUCGAGAGAGAAUAUAUGACAUGUUGAAGAACAGUCUACACCAACAGUCACCUGGAGAAGAGACUGAUGAAGGAAUAAGAGAGUUGGUAGAUAUAGCACUGAAGAAAAUGGAUUAUGACAACGAUGGCAAGAUAUCUUUUGCAGAUUUUGAAAAAGCAGUGAAAGAAGACAGACUUUUGUUGGAAGUGUUUGGACCGUGUUUACCGGAGGCAAAGCUCUCCUUAUGCAGACUCAUCCACCUACAUGUUAAGCUAUCCUUGGGCUUCCCUGGUGGCUCAGACGGUAAAGAAACUGCCUGCAAUGCAGGAAACCCUGGGUUGGGAAGAUCCGCUAGAGAAGGGAAUGGCAACCUACUCUAGUAUGUUUGCCUGGAGAAAUCCUGGACAGAGCAGCUUCGCAGGCUACAAUCCAUGGCAUCGAAAAGUAAGACAUGGCUGAGCAACUAACACUUUCACUUUCAAGCUAUCCUUAAGUCAUUUCAGCUUGUCCUGCUGUAGUUUAUCCCCACAUUUUAACUGUCUGGAAACCUGUAUUAAAAAUCAAUGUGUAAAAGGCAAACUUCUCUUUUUAAGAGGACUGAUGGGUUAAACGGUAUAGAAUAACAGGCUAGAGUCAGUACUUAGGUUCAGAUGGAACAACCAGGGUUCUUCAGCAGCUCCCCUCGAGUCCAUCCGUAGCCCAGUGAUCUAGAGUCUUACUACUGCGUAUGAUCUGUGCACCACUGGUAUCCCCUAGAAGCUUGUGAGAACUGCACUCUCAGAUCCCUCCUCAAACCAGCUGAAUCAGAAUCUUGUCUUUUUUUAGUGUGUGACACAGGUUCGGUUCAUUUUCCCUCCCAUAUCAUGGUCCAUCCUGUGUAUGUGGCCAGGGACGGGGAGCAGUGCUGACCUCCAGUCACAGAAAAGGUCAGGGACACGGAACCCACACAGCAGCUCCUCCCAUCAGAACUGUCAGAGAGCAUUUUCAGUUGACACAAAAUACACCUGUCAUAACAUUUAUCUUCUUAACCAAUUUUAAGCCUACAGUUCAAUAGCGAUAGGUACAUUCAUGCUAUUUUGCAACCCAUCUCCAGAACUCUGCUCAUCUCACCAAACUGAAACUCUACACCCAUUAAACAACUUCCCAUUCCCAUCACCCACCAGCCCCUGCCACCACCAUCUGAAUCUGCAUUGUAAUAAGACCCCCGAGACUCAAA